CAGAGUAUAAAUAGAACUAAACUAAAGGCAGUGCAGCAAAUGCUGUAUCGGGAGCCCUAAUACCUAUGCAUUUAGCUAUCUGAUCACAUUACAUGUGUGUCAUUAUCGACAUAGGACAUUCUGGCCAGUUUUACUUGUAAAAUCAGCCAUCUUUGUGAAGAAACGAUAAGUAAACGAUUGGAGACUUUAAAUCAAACACAAUGUUUUCAACGAAACCAACGUCUAUUAACAACAAAGAGAGGAUCUCUAGCAAAAAGAGAAAGGACUUUAAUUUGAAAUUUAUUGUGAUCGGUGAUUCCAGUGUGGGAAAGACAACACUUGUGGAGAAAUAUUGUGGUUGCCACGAGACAGGAAACAACAGAAAUAACAAUAGUCAUUACUUUCAUCACACAAUAACCGACAAAGACUGGAGCUGCAAUCUCAAAAUAUUCGACACUGCAGGUCAAGAGCGAUACAGAAGUGUCACAUCCUCGUACUACAGAGGAGCAUAUGGGUGUAUCAUUGCUUUCGACCUCUCUCAAGAAACAUCGUUUGUCAAUCUUGAAAAUUGGUACAAUGACAUGCUGAAUUACUGUAACAGCAGCGAUGUUUCUGUGGUACUAGUGGGGAUUCAAAGAGAGGGACGGGAGAGAAUUGUGUCUACAGAACGGGCACAGAAAUUUUCAGACUAUUUGGAUCUUCCAUACUUCGAAGUGAAUGUUGAUAAUCAAAGUGAAAUCAAUGACGUUUUCGACAAUUUAGCAAAAACUGUCGUUCAGAGAAUCCAGUCGCGAGAGCCUGUAGCCACAAUGUCUACCUUCACUACGACAAAUCUGUCAAAAUUAAUGGUAAAGACUGAGUCGAAGUUUGGUUGUAGUUGCUGCUAGCUGAAAAAAAAACAAGACAUUCCUGUCCAUGUGCCAAAUAAGAAUACAUUUCAUGCCUGUAAUUUAUGCCGGAAUCUCAUCAUUUUCAUAAAGCAAUCUCAUUGACAUCGCCUUCUUUGAUACGCAAAAGAUUUUGAUGUAACAAUGUAAAAAAGAGAGCGUUUUAAGUGCAAUAAAUUUAAGUUAUAAAAUUUG